UGUGUGUGUAUGUAAAUGUGUUUAUAUAAAUCUGUGUUUCAGGGACUGGAUUAUGAAAAUGCCAAGCAAAGGAUCCUUGUGAUUGCAGUCAACAAUGAGGCACCCUAUGUGCUGGCACCACAUUCACAACAAGUUGUCCAGAGCACCAGCACUGUUACAGUGAAUGUCCUAGACGUGGACGAGGGGCCAGUGUUUAAACCCUGUUUCUUCCGCAUGGAUGCUAGUGAAUGUGAUGAUAUUGGGACAAAUAUUGGGAAAUAUCUAGCAGAAGAUCCAGAAACUGGAAAUAGCGAAGGCAUCUGCUACAAAAUACCACCUGGACAGUGCAACUGGGUCAACAUUGAUGAAAAAUCAGGUGAAGUCAGAACUGUUAAAGUCUUGGACCGAGAUCUAGGAGAAAUGAAACGAGGUCAAUGCAAUAUCACAGUCCUCGCAAUAGACAGAAGUGAGUACUAAAUGUUGUCAUCAUCA